AUGCCUCGCCCAGGGCCUGUGGGCACAGAGCGGGGCUCGCUCUGUGGAGGCACCGAGCCUCGGGGGGCCUUGACCUCUGAGACCCAGAGAAGGAGGACCUUCUACAGGCAGCAGACGGCAGGGCCCAGCCUUGACCGGGAACGCUGCUGCCCCGACCAGCUGCACUCCCAGUUCUGGCUGCAGCGGGUGUCAGGGCGAGCCCGGGGCCCAUGGGUGCAGGGUGGGGGCACUUGGGCGGAGACUGAGGGCCGCCUCCCGUCCCAGGACCAGGGGCAGAGGGGGCGUGACAGCGUCUUCCACGGGGAGCAGCCAGGCCACGUGCAGCACAGCGGCAGACCCAGCCCUGUCCUGCCUGCCUGGGGUCAAAGCCCAGAGGGUGACCUCACCUCUCUGUCCCUCGGGCUCUUCAUCUGUAAAAUGGCAAUGACCCCAGUGCCAGUGGCCCUCACAGAAGUACCGCGACCACCGAAGCUGGAGCACCGUGGGCAGCGCUCAGAGUGCCUCUCACCACUGGCGCCUCUGCAGCUUUUAACUAAAUUCCUGCCUGUCAGAUGUAGGCCCCAUUUUGAGCGAGGAGCUGCCUUCCGGGAGCGGGGCUCCCACCGAGGUGCGCGGGCCCCGGGCGGGCGGCCGGCCGCGCGCGCGCGCUUGCACCCCGCGGGUGCCCCUGGCAUGGCGGCGGCCGAGGUGCCCGGCUACCUCCCGUCCCCCCAGACGGAGAAGCACCGGCGGGCCCGCAACUGGACGGACGCCGAAAUGCGCGGCCUCAUGCUCGUCUGGGAGGAGUUCUUCGACGAGCUGAAGCAGACCAAGCGCAACGCCAAGGUGUACGAGAAGAUGGCCAGCAAGCUGCUGGAGAUGACGGGCGAGCGCCGGCUGGGCGAGGAGAUCAAGAUCAAGAUCACCAACAUGACCUUCCAGUACAGGAAAUUAAAAUGCAUGACAGAUAGCGAGUCCGUCCCGCCCGACUGGCCCUAUUACCUAGCCAUUGAUAGGAUUCUGGCCAAGGUCCCCGAGUCCUGUGAUGGCAAACUGCCGGACGGCCAGCAGCCGGGGCCCUCCACGUCCCAGACCGAGGCGUCCCUGUCGCCGUCCGCUAAGUCCGCCCCUCUGUACUUACCGUAUAACCAGUGCUCCUUCGAAGGCCGCUUCCAGGACGAUGGCUCCGACAGCUCCUCCAGCUUACUGUCCCUUAAGUUCAGGUCGGACGAGCGGCCCGUGAGGAAGCGCAAGGGGCAGGGCGGCCACUUCCAGAGGAAGAAGCUGCGGCUGCUGGAGGCCAUGCUCGGGGAGCAGCGCAAGCUGAGCCGCGCCCUGGAGGAGACCUGCCGCGAGGUGCGCCGCGUGCUGGACCAGCACCACCUGCUGCAGGUGCAGAGCCUGCAGCUGCAGGAGCGCAUGAUGAGCCUGCUCGAGAAGAUCAUCGCCAAGUCGGGCGUCUAGCCCCGGCCCCCGGCCCCGGGGCGCGCCGCCUCCUGCCCCUCCGAGGGGCCUCGCAGACCUCCAGGCCUCAGCAGCGGCACGAAAGCCCCUCCCUGGACACGCGGCCAGGACCCUGGGCCCCUGCAGGGUGCCUCCCGAGUGAGAACAUUCCAGAAUCUGCUCUUCUGUCUUGACAAUCGAGAAUCCUUGAAAGGGCUCUUGGAAGUAAAACUGCCUGGAAGCGGGGUGCACGGGCGGGGCUUGGGGGCAGCAGAGCAGCCAAGAGCUCAGAGGCAGGUGUGCCCUGAGACAGCCUCUGGGCCGGGAGACCCCAGCGGCCCGUCCGCCUUCCAGCCCCCCCGCUGUUCCCCUGCCUGGGCGGCGGGGCCCUGCUGCCUCCUCCGCAACAGCCCUAAUAAAAGUGUGGACUCUG